AUGCCUACACCAUCGGACCCCUCUCCCGAGGGCAGCGAGCCACUUCGUGUGGUAACAGCGCCCCGGGAUGGUAGCCAUGCCACCGUCGUCCGCGAUGCGGGGGGCGACAUCAUCUACCCUUCCUAUGUCCCACCCGAGACGCAGUCGCCAACCUCGCCAACCACAUUAAAAGGGUCCGCCACUGGGCCCCCUCAGCAGGGAGACAACACGCCUGCCGUCGUGAUGCGGCAAGCGGGGACAAAUAUCUCGACAAUGGACCGAAAAGGCAAAGCCGAGAGCGACUCGUCGUCGUCCGAGUCUUCGUCCGACGAGGAUGAGAGCACGAAGCAAGCUCGCAGCAAAAGAGCGCGAACGAAGAAAGCGAAAAGAAAGAAGAACGCAGCAGACGACGACGACGAGGAACGCUACCGCCGCUUCCGCUUCGGCAACGAGCACUACCGCACCAAGGGCCGAGUCAAGAGCGACGGCCGCCUGAGCCUGAACGUCCUCGACACCAGCACCACGGGAUACCUAGCGAAGGCCGUGGGCCAAGCAGCACGCAAGAUGGUCCCCGGGACUCUGGCCAAACCCCCUACAUCAGAACAACAACAACAACAACAACAACAACACCAACACUCAGACCAGCAGCCGCAGCCGCAACCUACGCAGCCCACUGCUCCCCCCUCAUCAGAAAAAGCCCGCCCACCGCGCCUGAACAUAGUGAUAAUGGUGAUCGGCUCGCGGGGCGACGCACAGCCGUUCCUCAAGAUCGCCAGUCUGCUGCACACCGAGUACGGCCACCGGGUGCGCAUCGCAACGCACCCGGCCUUCCGCGACUUCGUCGCCAAGGACUGCCCCGGGGUCGAGUUCUUCAGCGUCGGCGGUGACCCGGCCGAGCUGAUGUCCUUCAUGGUGAAGAACCCGGGCAUGAUCCCGACCGUGGAGUCCAUCAAGCAGGGCGACAUCCAAAAGAGGAGGGGCGCGAUGAAGACCAUGUUCCAGGGCUUCUGGAGGGCGUGUAUCAACGCCAGCGACGGAGAAGGGGAUGCGAGGAACGUCGGGCUGUUGAAGGAGCGGGAUCCGUUCGUGGCGGAUGUGAUCAUCGCCAACCCCCCUUCGUUUGCGCACGUACACUGCGCCGAGGCGCUGGGUAUACCGGUGCAUCUGAUGUUUACUUUCCCUUACACCCCGACGGAAGCGUUCCCGCAUCCGCUGGCGCUCAUCAAGCGGAGCAACGUGGAGGAAGGGUACACAAACUGGAUUUCGUAUCCGCUGGUCGAGAUGAUGGUCUGGCAGGGGCUGGGCGACCUGGUGAAUGAGUUCCGCAUCAAGACGCUCGGGCUGGAUCCCGUGUCGACGCUGUGGGCGCCGGGCGCGACGUAUCGCCUGCACGUGCCGUUUACCUAUCUCUGGAGUCCCGGCUUGGUGCCGAAGCCGCCGGAUUGGGGGGACGAGGUGGACGUCGCGGGGUUUGUGUUUCUCGAUCUGGGGUCGUCGUUUGAUCCGCCCGAGGAGCUGUCCAAGUUCCUGGAGGAAGGGGACGAGCCGCCCAUCUACAUCGGGUUCGGGUCCAUCGUGGUGGACGACGCGGACCGGUUCACCAACAUGAUCUUCGAGGCAGUCAAGAUGGCUGGCGUGCGGGCUCUGGUGUCGAAGGGGUGGGGUGGGGUGCGAGCCUGUGUGAUCCACGGCGGCGCCGGGACGACGGCCAUCGCGCUAAAGUGCGGCAAGCCGACCAUGAUCGUGCCCUUCUUCGGCGACCAGCAUUUCUGGGGGUCCAUGGUCGGCAACGCCGGCGCGGGCCCAGACCCGGUGCCUUACAAGAACCUGACCGCGGAGAAGCUGGCGGAGGGAAUCAAGUACUGCAUCACCGGCAAGGCAAGGGAGGCAGCCGAGAGGAUCGCGCGCGAUAUCGAGAAGGAAGGUGACGGGGCCAUGAAUGCCUGCAAGGCCUUCCACCGGAACCUAGUGCUCCAGGGCAAGGGGUCCAUGAGGUGCUCGCUUCUGCCCGACCAGGUUUCUGUGUGGCAGAUGAAGAAGACCGGCUUGCGACUGAGUGCGCUGGCGGCCGAGUUGCUGGUGGAGCGAGGGCUGGUGUCGUGGAAGAAGCUGCGGCUCACGAGGCACACUGAAUGGAACGACUUUGAGGGGCCCGGAGAGCCGCUUACUGGCGUCGCGGGCUCGUUGAUGUCCUCGGUGGGCGGUAUCUUCGGAGGGAUCGGAGGAGUGCCUUAUCGGAUUGGGAAGUUUGCGAAGAAGAGGAGGGAGAAGAAGAAAGCGAAGGAGGAUGGGGCAGGCGGUGAUUCAGGGGGGAAUAUACCACAGAACCCAGGAGCCUCGGAACCUAACGGUGAUUCUCAGCAGAACGGCGACGUCCCUCAGAUCGAGACCACAACAACCCACGCCAUCGACCACGGCACAUUGUCGAGAACAGCGACCGACCCGUCCAAAGAGGUUGCCCGCCAGGUCGGCCGCGGCGCCGCCAAAACCGCGACGGCCCUCGCCCGCACCCCGGUCGACCUCUUCGUUGCGCUCGUCCAGGGAUUUCACAACGCCCCGAGGCUCUACGGCGACCCCACCGUUCGACGGCCCACUCGGGUAACGGGAAUCCGCUCCGGGCUGCGCGCCGCGCGCCGCGAAUUCGUGUACGGCAUCUACGACGCCUGGACGGGCGUCGUGCGUCUUCCCGUGCGAGGGAUGCGCGAGGACGGCCUGCGAGGGCUGAUCUCGGGCGUCGGCAUGGGCGUCACCGGCCUCGUGCUGAAGGACAUUGCUGCGGUCUUGGGGCUGAUCGGAUACCCGCUGAAGGGGGUCGUCAAACAGCUCGAGAGAAGACGGGCGCCGCUCAAGUACAUCCGGAGGGCGCGGGUGGUGCAGGGGACGAGAGAGGUGGAAACUUUGACUCAGGAAGAGAAGAUGGAGAAGGUGCAGGAAGUCAUAGCCGGGUGGCAGCUGAUGAGGCGGCUAUGGCUGGAGAUGAAGAGAGCCGAGAGAAGGAAAGCGAAGGGCUUCGGAGGCAGGCUGGGCGGGAGUGCCAGGGGGUUGAGGAUGAGCAGGGAGUGGAAUACCGUGUUUGAGAACGUGGAAGUAGCGCAGAGAGCGCUCCAUGCGCUAGAGAAUGGCGAGGGGCUCGACCAUAUCCUGGAGCAGAGCAGCGGGGUGGUGGGGGAUUCGAGCCCUGUCGCUCUCAAAGACGAUACCACCACCAGCGGCAAGGUCUCGCCCGGUACUACAGACGACAGCCCGGCGUCCGGUUCGGCCCACGACUCGGUGGCACACGACAUCGAGGCUCAGGACCACGCAGCAGCAGCACCGGAGGACGAGGACGAGAAUCCCUUCUCGACGGCUACUCCCGCCAUCGUUGAGAACAAACUCGAGAACAAAGACGAGAUGGCAGAGCUUAACCUGCGAGUCGCAGCCUGA